CAAGCCAACUGCAAGCAUGGCUCGUGUUUCGUUCGCUCUGUGUGUGUUGGCCCUCGUGGUCGCAACGGCAGCCGCUACCCGCCACUGGAACCAUGCGGGUCAGGCUUACAAGGGUGACCUCAUCGGCAACGAUGUGACGGGUCUCUGCGGUGAAGCCAACUCCACCUCGGGCUAUUUCAACAUUGAGGGUGGCAAGAACAAGAACUAUUUCUUUUGGUACUUCCAGUCGCGCAACGAUCCCUCCACUGAUCCCGUUAUCCUUUGGAUGACUGGUGGCCCCGGCUGCAGCAGUGAGCUUGCCAUGCUUUUUGAGAACGGCCCUUGCUCCGCCAACGCCGAUGGCAAGACGACCACCAACAACCCUUAUUCUUGGAACACCAAGGCUAACCUUGUCUACAUCGAUCAGCCCGUCGGCGUCGGCUUCAGCUAUGGUGAUGCCUCGGACGCGGAUCACAACGAAUCCAUGGUGGCCGAAGACAUGUACCACUUCCUCCACGAGUUCUACGAGGCCUUCGACCUGGGUGACCGCCCCCUGUACAUCUUUGGCGAGUCUUAUGGUGGCCACUAUGCCCCGGCCACCGCCUACCGUGUCGGCAAGUCCCUCAACCUUCAGGGCCUUGCCGUUGGCAAUGGUCUCACUGAUCCCCUGGUCCAGUACGAGUACUACCCCGACAUGGGCUACACCUUUGCUCAGCAGAAACUGGGCAAGCCUGUCCUUACCAAGGUUCAGUACGACAUCAUGAAGGCUGGUUGGCCCACGUGCCAGAAGAUGAUUCAGGAGUGCCAGAACAAGGUGUCCUCCUGCGCUAGCGCUCAAGCUUUCUGCAACGAGCUCAUGAUUGCUCCCUAUGAAGCCCACGGCAUGAACCCCUAUGACAUUCGCAAGCCCUGCGGCUCCAACCCCCUCUGCUACGAUAUGUCCAACGUGACCAAGUUCCUCGCCAACCCUGACGUUCUGUCUGCCAUCGGUGUCAAGGACAUCACUUGGCAAUCGUGCAACUACACUGUCAACGCUGCCUUCUCCGAUGACUGGAUGCGCGAUUUCCAGACUAAGGUGUCGGGUCUCCUCGCCAACAACACUCGCGUCCUGAUCUAUGCCGGUGAUGUUGACUUUAUCUGCAACUGGAUCGGCAACAAGCACUGGACUCUGGCGCUGGACUGGGCUGGCAAUGCCGCCUACAACAACGCCACGGACGCUGGCUGGAACGUGAACAGCCAGGAGGCUGGUUUGCUCCGCACUGCUCAGGGCUUUUCUUUCCUGCAGAUUUACAACGCUGGCCAUAUGGUUCCCCACGACCAGCCUGCCGUGGCUCUCGAGAUGGUGAACCAAUUCCUCAGCAACUCACUCUAAACGAGCGACCAUCCAUUUCACCUCGCAAGCUGUGACAUCGCAAAUUGCUUCAGAUCUGCGGCGGCACAUGUCAAGAAUCUACGGGCCCUGAUGAGAAGAUUUCUGCAUUGUCUACACUUGUCAGUCAACUCGAAAAUUGAUUCAAGCGAAUUGAUUGAUUCUUCUCGU